AUGGCAGAAGCUGUGCUCUUCAACCUCGCCACCGAAAUACUGAAACUCGCCGGUUCCAUCACCUAUUCGAAAAGCGGACUUGUAUGUGGUGUGAGGGAUGAACUAGACAAUCUUAAGGACACGGUCGAGACCAUCCGAGAUGUGCUAUUGGAUGCCGAGAAGAAACGAUGGCACAGCAAUCAGGUCGAGAACUGGCUCAGGAAGCUCAAGGACGUGCUGUACGACGUACAAGACUUGCUGGACGAUGUCGCAACCGAAGAUCUAAGGCGGGAGGUCACUCCCGGCAACAAGAUAUGGAAAGCGGUACGCAUUUUCUUCUCUAAAUCGAAUCAGCUUGCAUACCGCCUCAAAGUGGCUAAUGAAAUUCAAGAACUUUGGAGGAGACUAGAUAAGAUUAAGAAAGAUAGGGAGUUCCAUUCAUAUGAGCAUCAGAGAGAGGAAUCAAUGGCCAUUGCUAGAGGAAAGAAAGAAAUUUUAUUACCCGACACAAAAAUAAUUGGUAGGGAAGAGGACAAGAAAAAGAUCAAACAACUUUUGUUUGCUUCCUCCCCUAGCCAGAGCGUGUCAUUUGUUGCCAUAGUUGGUAAAGGAGAAAUUCUUAAAUCAACAAACUCUCCAGAUCUUGAGAAUCAGCCUCUAGACCGAUUGCCGAGUCUUCUUCAUGAGACUCUAGAUGGGAAGAAAUACUUGCUUGUUUUGGAUGACUUGUGGAAUAUAGAUCGGGAUAAAUGGGUUAUGCUUGGAGAUUGGCUAGAGGGUGGUUUGCAGGGAAGCAAGAUACUUAUGACCACUCGCAAUCGUAGAGUUGCAGAGAUCACAAGUGCGAAAUCAGUUAUAUAUGAACCACAUGGCUUAUCUGAUGAUAAGUCAUGGGACUUAUUUAGGAAAAUGGCUUUUGGAGAUGGGGUAGAAUUGUUAGACCCAAAACUGGAGGAGAUGGGUCGAGAUAUAGUUAAAAAAUGCAUCGGAGUUCCCCUUGCCAUUAGAACUAUAGGAGGCCUUUUGUGCGGCAAAAACAAAGAUGAAUGGCUUCGUUACAAAGUGCAUGAACUUCCAGAAAUACCAGAAAUUGAUGCGGAUGGAGGAAUUAUGCAAGUCCUCAAGUUCAGUUAUGAUCAUCUCCCGUCAUGCUUGAAAAAUUGUUUUGCCUAUUGCUCAUUGUUUCCGAAAGAUUAUGUCUAUGAGAAAGAUACAAUGAUCCAUCUUUGGAUAGCACAAGGCUUUAUUGAGUCAUGCAACGGGGAGGAUAACCUUGAAAAGGUCGCUAACAAUUACUUGUCAGAACUACUAUGUGGGUCAUUCCUCGAUGCUGAAUUAAUACUCAAAUAUAGCUAUGAUCGCGAGGUUGAACGAUUCAAGAUGCAUGAUCUCAUGCAUGAUCUUGCCCAGAAAGUUGCUGGAGGUUCUGCCAACAUCGGAGUGGGUCUUGCUCAGCAGGACGCGCCUUUCGUCGUCUCUCAUUGCAUCGCCCGCUACAUCAGCCAGCUCCCCAAGCGAAACAUGCAAGAUCAGGAAGCUGGCAUCGACAAACCUUCAAACUAUAUCUGCAAGAAUCAUGAAUAUGGGAAUUUGGAUGAUGUGGAUGAUGAUUAA